UGCCGCGCUAGGGGAACUGGACGGAUUUGAUAUGUGGCAGUACCUGUCUCAAGGAAUAGGCUCGCCUCGUGUCGAGAUGCUCUACAACAUCGACGACCGGUUUUUGAACAACGCAGCUCUGCGACUGGGCCGUUACAAGUUGGUGCUUGAUGGUACCGGGUUCAUGAAUGAGCGCUACGGUCGACCAGGUAGCGGCCGUCCGUACGACGACCUCGAUAAGUUGCUCACUCAGUCAACAGCUGCCAAAGUGCUCAGAGGCUUCUACAAAAGGGACCGGCUAAACUUUCCCAAGGACUGGAGAGAAAGAGCAACGUUGAAAUGUGGUAAUCCAGGCAACGAACGAUUUCACCCCAACGACGCGGUCCACCUCUUCGAGAUAAUAGAAGAUCCAUGCGAACUGAACAAUGUGGCCAGCUCACAUCCAGAGGUUGUGGAAUACCUCAGGACGCGCAUCGCCGCCUACCAAGCCGAGGCAAUGCCAGUGCAGUAUGAGCCCAAGGAUCCCGCUGGCUUUCCGGAGAACCACAAUGGAACUUGGGCGCCGUGGGUGCAUACAUUGUGCUGAUAGCAUCGAGUGUGUUGUCUUCGCACACAGCGAUACUUAGCGUAGAGUAAAGCGUAUCUCACGGCGGUCUAUCGUGGCCGGGACAUUAAUAGAAGACUUUGCUGACAAAAAACGCAUUUCGAAAAACAAAUAACGUCUGUAAAAACGCUUAGCUUUCUACAGACAGCGUUUGCUCUUAGGAGUCUGUUACGAAAAGCCUGUGACGAAGUCAACCUCCACUAUGGUUCUUAGCCGAUCUCUCAAAUAUACGCGAACAAAUCGUGAACAUACGUUUCUUUUCUAAUGCGAUAAUUCGUACAACUUGUAUAUAGUGGCACUCGCGGUACAUCUACCUGAUUUUAUACGUAACAUUUUAACACUGAUGUUUAACACUGAAUUUCGCCCCGCUGCUUAAUUUGCUCAUCUGCAGGUGCUUGCGGCAUUUAUUUUCAUUGUGUGCAUAUUUGUGCGAAGGGGUGAGUGUUACGUGUUAGAGCCAGAACCUUCCAUGUUGUAGAACACCUCCCUAAUUUCACCAGUGACGGCAUGCGCCGGACGCACUCCCCUUGCACGUGAUGCUUGCCGCUGUAAAACCAGGUUAAUGCAAUGUCUUUUGAAAUACUAAAUAUGUCGUCGUGUGCUUGUACCGCAACCAAGGAGGUGAACGUCAGCCCAGCAUGUGAUGUUGUAACACGACGUUCUAGCAACAAGCGACGCGACGACUGGGGAGCGACGCUCUAGUCAAGGUAUGCGGCAACCACAUGGAAGCGACAUCGUGAAAAGAAGUAGCGAUUAUUUUCAAUACUACUCGAUUAAUAGAAUCAUGUUCCCUUAAC